CAAGUAUUUUGGACGUCAGGCAGUGUUGCAGCAAGAGCGGAGCGGGCUGCAGGCGCGGAGCCCCUCCCGGCGCGGCCGCGGCCCCCGCACGGCCCCAGGCACUCGGGCUCCAGCCUCGUCCGCGCGUCGCCCCGCGCGGCGCUCAGGGAUCUGCCAAGGCCAUGUCUGUUCCAUCGUCACUGAGCCAGUCGGCCAUUAACGCCAAUAGCCACGGAGGCCCCGCACUGAGCCUUCCCCUGCCCCUGCACGCUGCCCACAACCAGCUACUCAACGCCAAGCUGCAGGCCACAGCUGUGGGACCCAAGGACCUGCGCAGCGCCAUGGGGGAGGGUGGUGGGCCUGAGCCAGGCCCCGCCAAUGCCAAGUGGCUAAAGGAGGGCCAGAACCAGCUCCGGCGGGCUGCCACGGCGCACCGUGACCAGAAUCGCAACGUGACCUUGACACUGGCAGAGGAGGCCAGCCAGGAACCUGAGAUGGCAUCCUUGGGCCCCAAAGGCCUGAUACACCUGUACUCUGAGCUGGAGCUCUCAGCCCACAAUGCAGCCAACCGAGGGCUUCGAGGACCCGGCCUAAUCAUCAGCACCCAAGAGCAGGGCCCAGACGAUGGCGAGGAGAAGGCGGCAGGGGAGGCUGAAGAGGAUGAUGAGGAUGAGGAUGAUGAUGAGGAGGAGGAGGACUUGUCUUCUCCCCCAGGGCUUCCAGAGCCCCUGGAGAGUGUGGAGGUCCCCCCGGGGCCCCAGGCCCUUACAGAUGGCCCCCGGGAACACAGCAAGAGUGCCAGCCUCCUGUUUGGCAUGCGGAACAGUGCAGCCAGUGACGAGGACUCAAGCUGGGCUACCUUAUCCCAGGGCAGCCCCUCCUAUGGCUCCCCGGAGGACACAGAUUCCUUCUGGAACCCUAACGCCUUCGAGACGGAUUCCGACCUGCCGGCUGGAUGGAUGAGGGUCCAGGACACCUCAGGGACCUACUACUGGCACAUCCCUACAGGAACUACCCAGUGGGAGCCCCCUGGCCAGGCCUCCCCCUCACAGGGGAGCAGCCCCCAAGAGGAGUCCCAGCUCACCUGGACAGGCUUUGCCCAUGGAGAAGGCUUUGAGGAUAGAGAGUUCUGGAAGGAUGAACCCAGUGAGGAGGCCCCGAUGGAGUUGGGACUGAAGGACCCUGAGGAGGGAACAUUGCCCUUCCCAGCUCAGAGCCUCAGCCCAGAGCCAUUGCCCCAAGAGGAGGAGAAGCUUCCCCCACGGAAUGUCAACCCAGGGAUCAAGUGUUUCGCCGUGCGCUCCCUAGGCUGGGUGGAGAUGACCGAGGAGGAGCUGGCCCCUGGACGUAGCAGUGUGGCAGUCAACAAUUGCAUCCGUCAGCUCUCCUACCACAAAAACAAUCUGCAUGACCCCAUGUCUGGGGGCUGGGGGGAGGGAAAGGAUCUGCUGCUACAGCUGGAGGACGAGACACUGAAGCUGGUGGAGCCACAGAGCCAGGCACUGCUGCACGCCCAGCCCAUCGUCAGCAUCCGUGUGUGGGGCGUCGGGCGGGACAGUGGAAGGGACUUUGCCUACGUAGCUCGCGAUAAGCUGACCCAGAUGCUCAAGUGCCACGUGUUUCGCUGUGAGGCACCCGCCAAGAACAUCGCCACCAGCCUGCAUGAGAUCUGCUCUAAGAUCAUGGCCGAACGGCGCAAUGCCCGCUGCUUGGUAAAUGGACUCUCUCUGGACCACUCUAAACUCGUGGAUGUCCCUUUCCAAGUGGAAUUCCCAGCACCUAAGAAUGAGUUGGUACAGAAGUUCCAAGUCUAUUACCUGGGAAAUGUGCCCGUUGCUAAACCUGUUGGGGUGGAUGUCAUUAAUGGGGCCCUGGAGUCAGUCCUGUCCUCCAGCAGCCGUGAGCAGUGGACCCCAAGUCACGUCAGCGUGGCCCCUGCUACCCUUACCAUCUUGCACCAGCAGACAGAGGCAGUGCUGGGGGAAUGUCGGGUGCGCUUCCUCUCCUUCCUGGCUGUGGGCAGAGAUGUCCACACGUUUGCAUUCAUCAUGGCUGCCGGCCCAACCUCCUUUUGCUGCCACAUGUUCUGGUGUGAGCCCAAUGCUGCCAGCCUCUCAGAGGCUGUGCAGGCUGCGUGCAUGCUUCGCUACCAGAAGUGUCUGGAUGCCCGCUCACAGGCCUCCACCUCCUGCCUCCCAGCACCCCCUGCUGAGUCUGUUGCCCGGCGUGUAGGCUGGACUGUCCGCAGGGGUGUUCAGUCGCUGUGGGGCUCUCUUAAGCCCAAACGGUUGGGGGCCCAUACCCCAUGAAGAAGCCCCAUCCUCCCUUCACCUGCUUGUGUUGGGCCCCAGGGAACUAAAGGGUGUGGGGCAGGGAGGAGUCCUAGAGGCUAUUCCUAGGCCUCGGGCCCCCCCAAAGCUAUCCCUCCCCAGUAGCUGGGGUUCCCUGCCUAGGGGCUGGGGAGGGAGAAAUCUAAUCCUUUCAAGGGAAGUGGUAACACUGGAGUGAUGACAAGAGGAGCAGGAAGUAAGGCCAGCCCCAGGCUCUCCAUCCUCAUGUGUUUCAGGUGGAGCAGGAGGAACUGGUCCAGGCCAGGCUCCAUCCUUCUAGGGCCCAGCAGGGACAGAAGGGAGGGGACUGGUCUAGUCAUGGUUCCCUUCCCCUCUGGUCUGUGGGCACCUCUGCUGUACUGAUAUCACUAAUAAAGUCUGUCUGCACUGC